AUGACUCCCUCACAGGCCGUCGAGGCCGAAAACGCAUACUUCUCCAGCAACCCGCCUCCCCGCCAGCUCGCCGCCCACACAGCCCUCGCAAAGGCAUUCAUCGACUUCCAUGUUGCCGCCGACCACAGAGUCGUCCUCAUUACAUCGGGCGGCACCACUGUGCCCCUAGAAAAGAACACGGUCCGCUUCAUUGACAACUUUAGUGCCGGUACUCGUGGCGCCACAUCCGCCGAAUACUUCCUUGCGGCCGGUUAUGCCGUCAUCUUCCUGCACCGCGAGUUCAGUCUGCAGCCGUACUCGAGGCACUAUACACAUGCCAAGGACUGCUUUUUGGACUUUUUGAGUGAGGAUAAGGAUGGCCGUGUCGGUGUGCGAGAAGGAGAGGGCAACAGAAUCUUACAGGUGCUGCGCCAGUACCAAUCAGCAAAGGACAGGAAUAUGCUGCUAAUGCUCCCCUUUGUCACUAUUGGCGACUACCUACACGAGCUGCGCGCAAUCUCACAACUCAUGGCACCGCUAGGGCCGCGUGGCCUUCUAUAUCUUGCCGCAGCUGUUUCCGAUUUCUUCGUCCCUCCCGAGCGCAUGUCCGAACACAAGAUCCAGUCCACGGACGCGGCUAAGCGAUUUGCACAACAAGCUAAAGCGACAGCCGAUGGAACAACAGAAACCGCGGCAGCACCGGCAGCGGACGAGGACGAGGAUGAAGCUUUUGACAACUUCGAUGCGAACCCCAAGGUGCCUCGCUCCAAGAGCCUGGUCAUUGAUCUAGACCCAGUGCCCAAGUUUCUAGAGCGUCUGGUUGACCAUUGGGCGUCUGCUGGCAUGAUUGUGUCAUUUAAGCUAGAGACAGACCCGGCUAUCCUGGUAUACAAGGCACGAACUAGCUUGGAGCGAUACCAGCAUCACUUGGUUAUUGGCAACCUCCUCACCACGAGAAAAUGGGAGGUUGUGUUUGUCAGCCCCGGCCACGAGGACAACUGGCUCAGAGUAUCACGAGCGGCUGGAUGGGGUGAUGCCGAGGGUCGCCCGCUGCGAACCGACGAGGUACCUAAGGACGAAGACCCGGAGACGGAAAUCGAAGCACUGAUCAUCCCGGCUGUUGCCGAACUACAUGGGGAGCACAUCGCAAAGAAGUCUGGCAGCGUUUAA